AUGCGUCAGCGCGAUUCCUUACAUUGGAACUUGGUAACACCUCCAGAAGACUCAAAUCGUAUGCAAGUUGCAGAAUGGUAUACUCCUAGGGGGGGUUCUCAACCUUUUCACAUUGCUUUAAGGUUGAAACCUCAUAAGGGACUGCAUCAUCAUCAUUAUGUUGCCCUUUCAAUCCAAAGACCACUCUUUGCGCUGUGCUAUCUCCCUAUUGAAUGCCUUUUGAACACAGAUAAGAACAAAAUUUCGCUUCUUAAUGAGGCCAAAGUUGUUCGCGUUUUCCAAGCAGCAACAGACAAGGUUCAAAUAUUGUAUGGCUGUUAUUUACAAAGCUACUAUAAACUUUAUUACCGUGUGUACAAGUUCACUGGCCAGGCCCUGUUGCCUGUAUCUCAAAAUCCCGCUAUGGUUCUGCUUCAAGCUCACGCUACGCGAACAAAUUGUGUAGCUAUUGCCUCAAAUGAUGACCCGAAGUUAGCAUUGAUGCUCAUUCAGACUCCACGAAAUUCUAAGAUGGUGCGGGUUAGCGAUAACGGCAUCAUGACCGAGGUAGACGUGACCUCAUGGGUCCCGCUUGUCAAUCGAGGGAAACGCUUUGGGGCAAAAUAUCUAUGCUAUAAUAGUCACAAUAGCCUUGCCGUCGGUGGCCUUAUAUGGCAGGACACAUUUAAAGGCAAAACAAUUUUUCAGCUGUUCAAAUUAAAUGAUGGCGCCUUUCCGACAACGUCACUAUUUUACGAGAUUGACGUCGCUUCAUUCGCCGACAGUGAUGUUUCAUUGGUGUCGUCCUGCGGGUUGGUGCAUCGAUUACGCUUUGAGGGUUGCAGACUUGUUCCGGAAUUUGAGGAUGGCAAUUGUGUGCUAGCUAUCGAGAUUGACAUUUCUGUCCGCACUCCAGUAGUGGAUCAGGCGCCACUUCGUAGGUCGACAUGGCACCAUUGUGGGGGCGGAUCGUAUCGCGCCAUCAUUAGCUGGCGAAAGUAUGCUGGCUUUGACUCUAAGGGUGGUGGUGAUGCAGUUAGGGUUUCAUCAUUUGAUAAAAUUGAGAUUACCCGGGCAGAGAUGCAUUCACUCAGUGUAAGGAUUGGAGAGACAGAUUGGAUCCGCGCCCAUCAGCCUUUUGUCACGGCUGCCGCGCCUUGCUUUUCGGCACAGACAGGCCUACUCAAAUUGUCAAAAAACUGUAGAGAUCAGAUGACACGAUGGUGGGAGCUUCCGAAUAGCUUCACGACUUGGUGUUGCGUACAUCUUCACCUUACAUACCUUGAUGCAUGCUGGCUAUAUGCUGGUAUUCUAUUCUUUAUUUUAGUUUAUAAAGCACUUAACCUUUUCUUCUUUCUGCUAUAA